AUGGGUUUCCCGAGGGCAUCAUGCCGGCUGCUGGCCUCUCCACAGACUCGCUCACUCUCGCUCUUCUUCGCGGUCGCUCAGCUUCGCGUGGAGGGAGUCCACUCUCGUUCUCUCGCCUGCCGGACCUUCGUUAGCCCUACCAAGAUCUAUGGUCUCGGCCAUGGUUGGUUCAGAUGGCGUACAAUCGCCCUGCAGGAGCUGGGACUCGGCGUUCUUACGGGUAACCGGGGCUUCUCCUCUGGGGCGACGGAGGCGGCUGUUUCAGAACCGAAAAGCUCAGACGGGAUGACGGUGGACGACAUCGUCGGGAAGGGUUGGCCUAUACUGGAUGAGGCCGAGGGGGACUGGAGGAGCCACGCGGCAGCCAUAGCCCAGUCCAUCCAUUUGAUCAAGAGGCGGUUGCAGGUAUCCGCUGUUACCUUCUUUUCAACUUCGAUUCUCGGAAUGACCCAUGUUUUGUGCGUUCUGAAAAAAUGGAUUCUUUGGGUGAUAAAAGGUGUUCGGCUUCCCUUGCCUGCCGUGGAAGAUUUAUACCAAAAUUUCUAAUCACGAGUGUUUUAUCUGUCGAGACCCAGGAGGGUGUGGCUACCUUAUCUCACUUUACCCUUCUUGGUUGGCUGCUACGCUGUCCUCCUGCUUAUGCAGUGAAAUCGACGUCAGUUUUAGAGAUUUCAAAGUACCAUAGAUCUCUGGUGAUUGAAGUUUUUAGGAAAGGCCCUCUGUUUACGUUUUAGAAUCAUAAAAAUGACUGUUAUAUGUUUCUACACGUAUAUAUAUAUAUAUAUAUAUAUAUAUAUAUAUAUAUAUAUAUGUAUAUAUCUUCCCUGAAGCUCCUUACCCUGAGAGCAAUCUGAACUUUCUCUGUUCGUCAUUGCAACCAAAGUUCAAGAUUCCUCGGUGAAUAAAAGUAUUCAUUUCGUGCCAACAAUGGAGUUGCAUACGUAAUGGAAUUACUGUACAGCCCUUACUAGAAAGAGAAUGAUCCAUAAUGCUCCAUGAAGAAACAAGUUUCGAGGUGAUCAAUGCAGUGGGAUGGUCGUAAACAUAGAAGACGAUCUCAUUUAGUUCUCUUAUUCUUUCAUGAUUUACGUUAGAGGGUGUACCCUCUUAAACUGAUGAGUAUGCCAUUCUCAUCCUUGGCAUCGGUUGUGGUAAACGUACCUGUCUGCACUGGUAAAAAUGCUAUGUUUUGUGCACUAGGAUUUGGAAAUGAUUAUUGUUGAACAGGAUAUUGACGCAAGCUACAAUUGUGGUGGACUCUGGUGAAUCUUCCAUUAUAAACCAGUUUCUAUCCAAUCGAAUACUUUCAGCAUUACAAAAACGUUAAUUUUGUGUGAAAAAUUAGAAGACCCUCCUUUUCCACUUGCAUCUUUUAUCUCUUACAAUACCACAACCAUACUUCUUUUUUCAGUAUGACUUGUAUAAAAUUGAUGAAGUAUACAUUUAUAUAUUCCUUUCUUUUGAAAAAUGAUCCAUGUCGUAGUAUAUUUAUAAUUAAUUACCGUUAUAAUUUCAAGAUUAUUUCCAAAAACAGGCGGACAAAGUUUAAUAUCGAUUUUCUGGUCAGGCUUGUUUUUUUUUUUUUUUUCCAAACUUGAUUAUUUAGUGUUGUUCAUGAUAUACUAGCUCAAUAGUUCACUAUUAGGAUCAAUUCAGUUUGUAUGACCACAUUUAUUUUUUGCCUUCCUCUGUGAAUCCGUUCUGACAGUGGAGGAAGAUACUAGUUAAGGCAGAAGAACUCACAAUGGAGAUGGACAAGUCAGAUCUCUGGAAUGAUCCUGUAUAUGCUGGAAAGGUUAGUAAAGAGCAUGGUGCACUGAUGGGCAAGAUCAAAGAGAUCAAUGGAUUUGAGCGCGAACUACUUGAGCACAUUGAUAUGUUGAAGCUUGCGCGUGAAGAAAAUGAUAAUGAUGUGGCAUUGGUGAGCAUUUUCUUUGAUGGCAUGUAUCUUAUCUAUUUGAAACCAUAUCUUUUAUUCAAUCCUUGUUACGAUUAUAAUUUACCACAUAUUUGAAAAAAUUUCAAUCCAUUCUUUUAUUGUUACAUUUUGUUUUGAUGUUUUUUUGAAUGGAAUGUUUUGUAGCUGAUGUUGUAGUUUAUGAGUAUUCCAAACAGAGUUCCUUAAUCAUGGCUGCGCAAAGCAAACCCAUUGGUGAUGCAAUAAACUUUAGGAGCUAUCUAUUUGUCAUUAAUAACUUCAGAAUCAGUUGUUGAAAUAGAAAUCAUGUAUCUGCUUUUGAAAAGUGAGAUUUUCUUUUAAUGCAGUGGUUAUCUUGGGAACUAGCUUUUUGGUAGUUUCAUCCAUGUGAUUCCAGGAUUGAAUUUCGUUUCUGAAGCAUCAAUCUUUCUGGAAUGUGCAUCGAUGCCAUCAUCCAUUGUUUUGCGGUGGCUUGAUCCACCAGAUGCAAUGACACGGCAAAGUUCUCUGAAGAACUCCCCAAAUACCAAGCUUGGACAGGUACUAUUCCCCCCUGUGCCCACUUGGAAGGCAAUAAAACUAUGGCACUUAGAAGAUACCGCAGCACCUUUUAGUCUUUGAUAAGAGUCCAAGGAAAUAGCCUAUGUUGUUAUAUUUUUAUAUGCUUCUUCUUUAUUCCAGAAGGUAGUCUAAAGAUAAUCAUGGACCAGGAAGUUAUUGGUGAUAGAAAGCUAUCAUCAACACCCCAUCUAUAUAUGCAGGUGACAGCAUAGGUGGUUGCUUUGUUCAUUGAUUAUGGUCCCUAGUUUUGGGGUUGACUAGUGAAUAUUAUAUUUCACUUGCCUUUUUAGUUAUUGUAGAAUUAUGUCCUUCCUCUCCUGUCAAUUCAUCACGAACAUGAAUUGGCACAGAUUCGGUGGCUUGGUCUUUGCUUGCCAACCGAGGGCAACUCCCAACAUAUUUUGAGCUCCGUAGUAUUGACAGGAAAGCUCCACCCUCUAAUGGAAGUGGAGGUGAUCGAAAACGAUGGGGAAGUUCAGGUGCUUGAUUUGAUAAGUUACAAAUCUUUCUAUGGCAAUAUGCUUUACAUCUCUUGCAACCAUUUUUCUCAAUAAAUUCUUCUUAUGUCCAACAGUUUCACGCAUCUCUUGUCUGAUAAAAUAAAAUUAUUAUUUUUUUGGAAAUCAUGGUAUAUUGGCGAAACAAUGCUGUGGAAGACCUAUCAAGACUUUAUGUAGCAUUGACUUAUUUUGUAAGCUCUUUCUCCUUGAUAAGCAUUCCAGGACUGACUAUUUUGCAGAUAAGUCAUCAAUUAGGUCAUUCAUAAAAUUAUAUUUCUUUCAAGGAUCAUCUUCAUCUCAAGUUCUGUUUCCCUCUAUGUAUAUUUGCAUUUGAUCUUUUUAUAGUUUCUUUUUGAUUCUCGGUAUGGGUGUAGUUAUGUUUGGAUUAAUUAUCUUUUCAUUUACUUUUAAGAUGCUUUGGCGUACUCUUUUAUCUGCAUGCAGGAAUCCAUUACAGCACUGUUUAAAAUGAGAAGAAUCGCAAAGGAAAAGGAAUUGGAAGCGCUGUUGGCUGGGGAGCACGAUGAUUGUUCUUGCUUCAUGGAGGUGAUGCGCUCUAACCUUAUCUCUUUUUUCUGCAAAUUAUUAAUUUUUUUCCUUGAAUAUCAUGGUGACACGUCUUCAAUCAGUAAUUAUUCUUCUUUCUGUUCCUAAUCUAUCGUGAUAUGUUGCACUUUGGUCUGUUAAACUGUGGCGUAUUCUUAAAAGAGAUAUAUGAGGAUGCCUCUGUUAUGGAUUGUUAGAUUAUCUGUAUAUUUUUCUCCUUAUACAGCAGAAGGUAUAAGCUACACAUGUCAUAUGUUGUAGUCUACAUCGUGUAGGAUAUGUUAGUUAUCCAACACGCUCAAAAUGAAAAAUUCCUGUCCUGCUUCAAAUGACGCUAACCUGCUGUCUCACAUACCAUCACAUAUGAAAGUUUGCACCACCUGUUGAAAUUUAAUUCCAUUUUAUCUUCUCCUUCUAUAAUAUUCAAAGGUCAGCAUACUGGAUGAGGAAUCUUGGGUUGUUGACUUGAUGACUAGAAAAAAUGCAGCUCUUGACUUUUAUCUGUUCUUGAGAGCUGAUGAAGUGUUGACUUUCUCUUCAGAGAACAUUGAAUGUGUUCUUUUUGUUGUCGUCUAUUGGCAUGAGGGGAGAAAGGAACAUAUGUGAAGCCGGCAGAAACACAUCCAUAUCUACCUAGAUCACAUCAGUCGCUGUGAAAAUAUUGCCCAUAAUUCUUUUUCCAGCCACAGCAUGCAAGAUCGGAUGAUUCUCGCAUGGAUUGGCCAAAUUUUGAACAAGAACAAUCCGUGUCUGGUCUGAUCUCCGGGGGGAACUUCGUCUCCACUUAAAGUUGUACAAAAUAAAUGGCAAUUGGCUAAUCUCAGUUCAUUGAAGAAGAAGAGUGAAAGUGAAAGCUUCGGGGUAUUACAGUUCUCUGCUGUCCUAUGCUCUGCUACACUGGUCACUGUUGACCAAGGUGGGGUACCCAAGUGCCCCACCAUGCAUGUUGUGCACAUAGAGCAGCAACCCACGUAAUAUGGGGUAGAAGGGGGAUUUACUGUUGUCGCUAAUUAGAAACUCUAGUUUCUUUAUUUUAAUCUUCUCUAUUUUCGAAUGGUCGUAUCCUAUUAUUUGGGGUACACCUGUAUUCUUUUAUUGAUUAUCUUCGUGAAAAAACCCUCUCAUCGUCUCCUUUCUGUUGGUCCACUUUCAUCUUGUUAGUGCCUAUGUGGUCUCUUUAUAGGAAGUUACAGGAUCAGGGCAGGGUGGGGGAUGGCAUCGAUAGCGUAAUCUGAAAGUUUAUUUUCUGGAACUAUUUGUAUAUGUUUCUAAGCUAACCAUAACUUAGAUUUCUAGAUUUUUUUUUUAUUGGAAUGUUCUACAAAUGCUUUUUAGUUAGAACUGUUUAUAUGUACUAAAUAAAAUUAUUAUCUCGUGAUAUUAUUUUAUUUUAGGCUAAAUCUAGGUUCAUUCCCUCAAUUAAUGCUGAUAGGUUCCCAUGAUAAACAGGUGAUUUAGGAUCCCGUGUUUAUCUGUGUUAUUUCCUUUUGCGAGCCUUUAGAUCAAUCUGUAAGUAUUGGGGACCAUCGUGGGGGAGAUUUUAGGUGGAUUCGACGCUGGUAUUGGCUUUAUUACAAGUUUGUUAGUAUUUUUAUAUCCGAGGUUGGCGAGAAAAUUAGCCCUUUUUAGCAAGCUGCCAAAUUUUCCGGUUGUUAAAUCUUAGCCAGUCUUCACAUAAAUCUCAGGGGAUGGAUGAAACCAAGAUGGCUUAUCUUUUCCCAGUUAUUUGAGUUGUCUCCAAUCAAUAAUUUCAUUCGGCUGCAUUCAAAGUGAAUGCUAUUUUUCAUCCAGGUUCAAGCAGGUGCUGGAGGAACAGAAAGCAUGGACUGGGCUGCCAUGAUUUUGAACAUGUACAAAAUGUGGGCAGAUCGUCGUGGAUUUAGCGUUAGCAUUGUUGAUGAAAUGCCUGGUGAGAUUGCAGGAAUCAAGGUCAUUAGCUGCCUGCCUCUCUUUCAUUCAUGUUUUUUUAAAAUUAUCUAUAUUUGUUCCUUUUGAUCUUCAAUUUUCCUGCAUGCUGAAGUACAUUCAUGGAAUGAUGUCCUGUGCAUUAUAGUUCUCUGAAAUUUGGAUAAUCAUAGCAACAUUUUCAAGACCCGAAUAUACUGUUUAUGGAUUGUCUUUAGGAAUUUAUUUUUUUAAAAAAAAUAUUAUCGUUUUGUAAAGUAUAUAUUUUAAAAUUUUUGAGAGUAGGGUUCAGGGCUUGGUCCUGAGAAUGGCAAAAAACUAAUCAGUAGAAGCUGAAGCGAUCCCUUUUCUCAGCGCCAUGUUCAUAUGUUUCCAUGUUUUCUUUGUUUCCUGACUUUGUUACGAUUGGGUUUUUCCUCCUGACCACAAUUUUCUUACUUCUGUUCUAUACUGAAUAUCUCAGUCUAGAUCAAAGAUUCCUUAACCGACAAGAGCUAGUCCUAGUUCCUGCUACCUUGGCAGAAACAUUUACAUCUGUUUUCUAAUCUUCCGUCAACAGGAUGUUUCUUGAUCCCAUUAACGUAGAAAUUUUUGGGUGGGUAAUCUCCUGUUUUAUGAUAUCAAGAACUUAAAUUCACUCAUGAUGCGUGCCCGGUGUUUUUUCGCAUAAUUACCCAUAUAUAUACAUAGAUUCCUAAUCAGUGAUGAAUGCAGCAGUUUUCUUCAAACUAUUGCCUUGCAGAUUGCUGGUUUUUUUUCCUUGAAUCUGAGAUUUCUUUGCUCUUCAGCGGGCGACGAUUAAAGUAGAGGGCAAAUAUGCAUUCGGGUACACAAAGUCAGAGGUUGGCGUCCACAGAUUGGUCAGAAUUUCCCCUUUCGACAGCGGAAAACGGCGUCAUACCUCCUUUGCGGCCGUCGCCGUGAUUCCUAUCCUCGGAGAUGUCUCCUUCCGCGUUCAGAUCAACGAAUCCGAUCUCCGAAUUGAGCGGUUUCGCGCCGGGGGCGCCGGUGGCCAGCACGUCAACAGCACAGAGAGCGCUGUGAGGAUCACACACAUCCCCACAGGGGUAACGGCUACCUGCCAGAAUGAAAGGUACGCAGGAGGGGGGUUUUGUUCUAUGCUCUCUGCUCUGGCCAAUCCUCAGCUUUUUGGCACUUAGCCUCAGAUACUGGUUUGCUCAGAAUCUUCAACUCCAUUCAAUUCACACUGGCAAAUCACCCGCUUUUAGAAACUGAUUGAUAUGAAGGUGCUGUUUUUGGACGAUGUUCAUUGCUUUGUGGAAUACUUUGCUCAAAUUUUCUAUUUCAUUUAAUUGAAUAGCUGCAAAAUCUGGUCCAGGCAUAUGCAUAUAUUGGAUUUGCUGCUUUCAGAAACUUGAUGGGUAUAUGACCUUAUUGAUCAUUUUGCUCAAAAUUUUCAUUUUUUUUGUUGUUAGCUGACUGCAAGUUUGAUCCAAAUAUAUUGCAGUACUAGAUCACUUGCUUAUAGCUCACAAUCUUUAGUUUAAUUUAAUCUUUUAUUUAUUUCAAACUUUAUCCAUAUAUACUGAAAUGGGUAUUUCUCCGUGGAAUUCUUGAUCUUACACGCCAUGCUGUUGGGCUAUGAACCAUUUGAUUCUCUCAAGCUUUUUUCUGAUGAUCCCCACAAUUUCCUUGUGAGUCCACAGAAAAAAAAAAUGAAAGAAAAAAAAAAGGGUUCCAUUUUUGUACUCUCUGUGAUAUUCUGAUUGUGGGAACGGUGUUAUGUCCUGGUCACAGAUCACAGCAUAUGAACAAAUCCUCUGCCAUGUCGGUGCUUCAGUCGAGAUUGGACCAGCUCGAGAUGGCCCGCCGAGCGCAGCUGAAUGCCGAGCACACACAAUCGUUGACGGAGAUAAGCUGGGGCAACCAGAUCCGGUCCUAUGUGCUGCAUGUGGGUGUCUCUGAACCAAAGUCAACCCAUGAUUUACCCUUUUCAGAAAUUUAUGAUAUUUAUUUAUUUUAUUUCCCGCCCUGCAGCCGUAUCGGAUGGUCAAGGAUCUUCGGACAAACUAUGAGAUGUCCGAUCCGGAUGCCGUCCUGGAAGGUGACCUCGACGGCUUCAUCUUGAACUAUCUCUCUUCUUCUCUUGACACAAAUAAUGAGGAUCAAACAGGUGCCCGAUUUUAA